AUUUAUAUAUUUAUUUUACAAAUAAAUGACACUUAAAAAAUAGAUGCAAGAAUGUAAAAGUGUCAAUUGUUAUAAUAUUAAAAAAAAAAAAAAAGAAACUUUUAAUUCAUCGAGUGCAAUAAUAAUAUUUAAAAUAAACAUCAGCGCAUGUUAAUAUUUUAUUAAAUUGUUUAUAUUGUUAUUAUAAAAUAAAAAUGAGUGAUUUUUUAGCAAAUAAUAAUAUUUGUGGUCAAAAUUUAUUGAGAAUUGUUUCUCGAGGCAAUGCUAUAAUUGCUGAAUUAAUGAGAUUAAAGGAUUAUGUACCACCGGUUUUUAGAUUAGAAUCUAAACGUCAUCUCCAAAAAUAUGGAUCAAUUAUUAUGGACUUUGCUUACUUUAAAGCUGCAAAUAUAAAUGAACAAAAAAUAGAAAAUGAUUCAGUACUCCAGGAACUUGAUGAAAAUUUAAGAGAAAAUUAUGCUGAUGUAUUAACACGAUUUUAUUUAGCAUUCGAAAGUAUUCAUAAGUACAUCACUGAUCUAAACGCUUAUGUUGAUGAGCUGGAUGACGGACAUUAUAUCCAACAGUCAGUUGAAACUGUCAUGCUCAAUGAAGAAGGGAAGCAAUUGAUGUGCGAGGCAGUAUAUUUAUAUGGAGUGAUGUUGUUGUUAGUAGAUCAUCAAUUCGAGGGUCACGUACGUGAAAGACUUUUAGUAUCUUACUACAGAUAUAAUGCCCAAAGAUCAUCAUCAACGCGAGUUGAUGAUGUCUGUACACUGUUAAGAUCAACUGGAUUUUCAAAAUCAUCUGCCAAACGACCGGCAAAUUAUCCUGAAGAUUAUUUUGGGAGAGUACCAAUUAAGACGACAUUUGUAGAUUUGCUUAUAGGCCGCUUGAGAUCAGAUGAGAUUUAUAAUCAAACUCUAGCAUUUCCGAAUCCAGAGCACCGCAGUAUCGCGUCAGCUAAUCAGGCCGCAACGCUUGUUAUUAUUCUAUCUUUUCAACCGUCUAUAAUGCACAAUGGUUCUGCAGCAAUGCGUGAAAUUGUUGAUCGUUUUUUUCCAGACAAUUGGGUUAUAAGUAUUUAUAUGGGAAUUGUUUUAAAUUUAUGUGACUGGUGGUUACCUUACAAAGCAGCGCGUACGGCUCUUAAUAAUACUUUGGAAAAUGGAAAUAUUAAAACAAUAUCUCAAAAUUACGGCCUUAAAAUAAAAAAAUUAAUAGUGGAAAUAGAAAAAUUACAACUCGUAGUAACAUUAGAUGAAAAUGAAAUAGAAUCUGUUAUAAAAAUAAUUCGUGAAUGUAAUGUAUCACUUCACUGGAUACUUUUGCAUACAACAGUACCAACAAUAUUGCGUGAAGAGUCAAAACGUUCUCGUGUAUUACGACAGCAAGUAAUUAAUGAAAGUAAAUAUACACCAGAAGAAUGCUUGCGUUUGUUACUGAGUACCGCACAAAUAGAACAAGACGUUAAACAGAUAUACAAGCAACUAUUACAAGACAAAGAGUCAAAAUGGAGUGAAAAUAAAAAUACAUGCGUCGAACGUAUCAAUGACUUGGCUCAAGUGUUGGAUACUAAUAAGCACGUGGAUGGAGCAGAGACAAAUGAGUGUUUGAAAAUCUGGUUCAAAGAGAUCAGUGCACACGUGAGUUCACUUCAGCAAGAAGACGGAAGGAAGAUCGCGCAGUUGCUUCAAGCGCUCGAAGAAGUCCAAGAGUUCCAUCAGCUAGAAAAUAAUCUACAGGUGUCUCAGUAUUUAAAUGAUACUCGAGAAAUUUUGCAUAAUAUGCUGCGCACUGGGAGCAUUAGUGAAGACACGAUGAUUGCACUGAACAUUUUGACUGACUGCUGCUACGCUUGGAAUAUAAUGGAGACAUUUAUUGAUAUUAUGCAAACUAAUAUUAAAAAAAAUCCCCCGACUGUAAUUAAAUUGAAGUCACUGUUUUUAAAAAUGGCAUCAGCACUAGAGAUGCCGCUGCUUCGUGUUAAUCAAGCACGCAGCGCAGAUUUGUCAUCCGUUUCCCAGUACUACAGUCGCGAAUUAGAAAAUUAUGCGCGUCGCGUACUACAAAUUAUUCCAGAAACUGUCUUUGGAUUAUUAGCACAAAUAGUUCAUUUGGAGACAAAUGUUUUUAAAGAGAUACCAAUGAAAUUGUAUAAAGAUAAAUUAAAAGACUAUGCUCAGCUUGAUGAGCGUCUGCAAAUGGCCAAAUUAACGUACGCGGUUUCGGUAUUCACUAAAGGAGUUUUGUCACUAAGAAGUGUGUCUCUAGGUGUACUGAGAGUUGAUUCUCACCGAUUAUUAGAAGAUGGGAUCCGCCAGGAGUUGGCUAAAAAAGUAACACUGGCGCUGCACAAUGGACUGACUUUUGAUAAUAAAUCAAAAGCGAGUCUUGUUGAUAAAUUGAAUGACUUGGCCAAUGUGAUGGACGGGUAUCGCAAAUCUUUUCAAUACAUUCAAGAUUAUAUAAAUAUCAACAGCUUGAAAAUAUGGCACGAAGAGAUCACGUACAUCAUCAACGCGGCGUUGGAAGAUGAGAAUAAAAAUUCAACAUGGAUACCAAAUAAAUCAUGGAAAAUGUUGAUCACUGAUGACAAACAGGAUUACUCGAGUUUCGUUGAAAUUAACGGGAGUAGCACUUUCAUGGGCAGACUUGCCAAAGAGUUGAUACGUGUGACAGAUCCCAAGACUACUGUUUACAUCGAGCAUGCUCUAGCCUGGUAUGACUUGAAAAGUCAAAACGAAAUUCUUAAUUACAAAGUUUUCUCUAUGAUACUGAUGGCUAUUGGCACUCCGGGGUUACAUGGAUUAGAUAAACUGUUGUCGCAUUUUAUAAGCAUGGAAUUAAAAAAUUUGUUCAAGUAUGUUGACCAUGGAGUGCAUGACAAAAGCUGGGUAACGAUGACAGAGGAAUGUGGCGCUAUUGUUCAAAAUAUUGAGCAUUGCAAAAAUAAUCCAGGUAAACUUUAUUCAACUGUAAGUAAUCAUUCGAAUAAAAUAUGGCCUUAUAUGAUUGAAUGUUUAUUAAAAAUUGGGCAUUAUCAAUUAUUGAGAAAUAAAAUUAGUUAUGAAUUAAAUACUGCAUGUAAAUUUGAAGCAAAACAUGUUGAAUCAGCACUAAGAACUCUUAAUAUAGCGGUACUUGAUGAGUUGCGUAAAAAACCUGAUGAGUGUCUUACAAGUCAAGAAGAACGUGAUUUUAUCCAUGAAUUGAGUGUAAGACUUGACUGGACUGGCAUUAGUGAUCCUCUUAAUAAAACAUAUCUGAAGUUAUCAAAUUUAAAUAAUUUAGAUCUCAUAUUAUUUCUUUUUACUAUUUCGUAUCUUCAUAAAGUUCAUUACUGCAAGAACACAGCUAGUCUUCUUAGUAAAAAAAUUCAAGAUCCCAUUGAUGCGGUUGUUUUUACGAUCGGCUUACAAACAUUUUUGCGACAAUUUACUAAUGAUAUUUUUAAUAAUUACAUAUCAUAUCUUUGCAAAUAUGUUUUGUCUUUCGUAUCUAGUGAUAGUGGAAAAAUGGGGAGCGAAUGGGAAUCAGAAGGAACAACAAUUUUGUAUUACUUACAAUUAAUAGCAAAGUAUUCAAAUAUACCAAAGUCAACAAUAUUUGAAACAAUUCCGGUCAUUGUUUUAGACCAAUAUAAACAAGUGAUAAAAUGAUAGUGAUUACAUUAAUUUAAUAUAAUCAAAACAUAUAUAUAGAUAUGAAUAUAAUUAUGGUUUAUAUUUUAUUAGAGUCAAAAUAAUAUAAAAGUAUAUUUAAAAUAAUUUUAUAAUUGUUUAAUUAAAAUAAAAUGAUGAAUAUACGAAUACGAGUAUGAAUAUAUUAAUACGUCGAGUAUUGUAUGGGUAUAUAAUAUAUAUGUAUGUAUAUUGUGCAUAUAUACAUGGGUAAAAUGGAGCUGUGUUGUGUAGGGGAUGAAAAUGGG